UUGUGUCCAUCUACGACUAAAACAAAUAAAAAAAAAAACCGUGUUUAAGCAUUUCCCACUAAUUUUCUACACCAGUUUUCUUCAGAUUUCUGCAAAGUUGUGAGAGGCUUUUUACAAACUUUCAGAUAGCACUAGAUCCACUGUGAUGUGCAAAUGCACAGGUAAGUCCUUUCCUGUUCCCUCUGGAGUCAGUGGGCAGAGCCUCCCCUGGGCCCUCAGACUGCUGUCUUACAUAUUAUUAUGGAUGUUAUGCAUAUGUAGUAUGUAGUAUUGUUCUUUAUAUACUUCUGGAUUUAAUUUUAGGGGUUCCAUUGUAAAUUAACUUUUAAUUGCUUUUAAGUGUUUCAUAUAUCUGGAAGUUGAUUUUUUAUUAUUAAUUGAUUUUUAUUGAUUUUUCUGUGUUAAUUUUUACUGCUGACUUUGGGAACACAUCUUCUUUGGUGCUCCCAGUUUUGAAAAUCAUGCAUACUGCUGCUGUAAAGUUUGCAGUGCAGGAUUUUGUGGGACCUACAUUGUGAACUUGUUUUUGUUACCUCAACUUUGGGAAAUGGCUUGGGGUCCAGGAACCACCAAUGUAACACGAGAUGGGGUUGAACAUUCAGCCUGUGAAAGUCGCGUGGUCCUGAGCCUGUGAGGAGGUGUGUGAGACCUGUGUGUGUUCGUAUCUGUUAGAGCCCAUGACUUCCCAGGAGUUGAUCUCCCCCAUGUAGCAGGGUAGGUGCAGCCGUGAGAAACUCCAUCAAAUGCCCUGUCCACUUGCAGUAACUCUAGGGAGCAGGAAGCCAGAAAUUCAAGUCAAAUGUGUACCAUGUGAGGUGGUUGCUAUUGGUGGGGAGAGAGGGGUGAAGGUGCAGAGGCUACCUGCCUCCUCCCCCUUGGUGCCUGUGGCUGCUGUCUCUGCAGGUGAGUCUGAGUCUGUGUUUCCAGCACCCACCUGUGUCUGCUUGACAAAGUCCUUGACUUUGCCUCAAUGUCUGGGGCUGUGUGAGUUUGCCCUGGGUUCUGAACACCAUGACUGUCUUCCUGGUUUCCCUGGUAGCACCCUCUUGCUGUGCUGUCUAGAGGUGGUGGGAGCAGGCGUCCUUGACGCGUUUUUGUUGUCAUGGAGAGAGCCUUUCGUUCAUCAGCAUAGCCUCAGGUUUUGUAGAACCCUGUGGCUUUUCAGGGUGUUUUACUCUUUCCCAACUAUGUGGGUGUUGGUGUAGUGAAGAUGGGUUGCGCUUUGUCAGCUGCUUUUUCAUUCUUUCCAGGUAUCGCCACCUCUCCUGAAGCCUGAUGCACAGGCCCAUCAUAUCUCACUCUGCAAACAAACCAUAUGAGAAUGAGGAGAGCGGCGGGAAGCCACAUGAACUAAAGCAGAAGAGAAAAUCCUUCACUCCUCUCACAAGUGUUCAGAGACAAGUGUCAGAGCACACUGUCAAUGGAUCUUAUGGAUGUUUGACAUGUGGAAAAAGGUUCAGUUGUUCUGGGUGUUUUCAAAAAUAUCAACAAUCUCAUACUGGAGAGAAGCCAUAUGGAUGCAAACAAUGUGGGAAAGCCUUCACGACCUCAAGUUAUCAUCAAGUGCAUGAACAAACUCACACCGGAGAGACACCUUACAGAUGUAAACAAUGUGGGAAUGCCCUCAUUAGUUUGGCUAACCUUAAAGUACGUGAACAAUCUCAUAAUGGGGAUAAACCUUAUAGAUGUAAACAAUGUGGGAAAGCCUUUACUCAUUCCUCUUACCUUCAAAUACAUAAACGAACUCAUAUAAGGGAGAAGCUCUAUGAAUGUAAACAAUGUGGAAAAGCCUUCACUACUUCCUCUUACCUUCAAGUACAUAAACUCUCUCAUACUGGAGAGAAGCCCUAUGAAUGUAAGAAGCAUGGGAAAUCCUUCACUCAUUCCAGUAACCUUCAAAGGCAUAAACGAACCCAUACAAGAAAGAAGCCGUAUGAGUGUAAACAGUGUGGAAAAGCCUUCACUACUUACUGUCAUCUUCAAAUACAUGAACGAACUCAUACUGGAGAGAAGCCAUAUGCAUUUAAACAAUGUGGGAAAGCUUUUGCUACUUCUGGUAACCUUCACUUACAUAAACGAACUCACACAGGAAAGAAGCCCUAUCAAUGUAAACGAUGUGGAAAAGCAUACAGUAGUUCUCCUUGCCUUAAAAUACAUGAAAGGACUCACACUGCAGAGAAGCCCUAUGGAUGUAAGCAGUGUGGGAAAGCCUUCACUCAGUCCAGUCACCUUCACUCACAUGAACAAACUCUUACAAGAAAGAAGCACUGUGAAUGUAAAUAAUUUGGAAAAUGCCUUUAGUCCUUCCACUUACCUUAAAGUGCAUGAACAGUCUGACACUGGAGAUAAGCCCUAUCAAUGUAAAUAAUGUGGCAGAAACUUUAUUUUUUCCCUUUUCCUUCAAAUACAUGAACAAUCUCAGUGGAGAAAGGCCUUAUGAAGGUAAAUGGUGUGGUAAAACCUUCACUAGUUUGGCUUAUCAUCAAAUACAUGAAAAAACUCAUACUGGGGAAAAACCUGAUGGAUGUAAAUAAUGUGGGAAAGCCUUCACUUCUUCUUGUGAGCUUUAUGUAUAUAAAAAUAUACUGGAG